CACAUCACCCCUGCCCCAUAUUACACAGACCUGCUGAAAUACGACACAGCACAUCUGCUUCUCUCAUUUCCACGAAUGUACACUUAAAUAUUCCACUUUCUAGGUUCAUACAGGAGCUAGAACUCACAGAAACGCUUCAGGAUCGACAUCAAGCAUGCCUGCAAACUAUAGUGGAACCUGGGACAUAGUGGACAAUGACAACUUUGAAGGUUUCAUGGUUGCUCUCGGAAUUGAUUUUGCCACCCGAAAGAUAGCAGGGAUGCUAAAGCCACAGAAGAUUUUUGAGCAAGACGGAGAUUCUUUUACCGUUAAAACUUUAACAACUUUCCGUAACUACUCUUCUUCAUUCAAAAUUGGAGAAGAGUUUGAGGAAAUCACCAAAGGACUGGACAACAGAAAAUGCCAGACAACAGUCAACUGGGACAACGACAAACUCGUGUGCGUCCAGAAAGGAGAGAAAAAGAACAGAGGAUGGACACACUGGAUGGAGGGAGACACUCUUUACCUUGAACUUAAAUGUGAAGACCAGAUCUGCAAGCAAACCUACAAAAGAACAGCGUGAAUUAUUGUCUUGAACUGAAAUUGUUGUCAUGUUUAUUGAAGAAUAAUAACAUACACACUGCAUUAA